UUAUAACCAUUUUCUCCUCGAACCUCCAUUGCGGAGGAAAAACAAAAAGGAAAAUUAGGCUUCAACUAGCGAGCACACACACAGGCACAGCUACAUGAGAUCUAUCUCCCCGCUGCGCAAGAAGAAGAAAAACUAGUGAGGAGCCGGAAACCGAAGAAAGGAACAGCUCCAGCGCGCUAUACGUCGGAAAGGUUCGUGGUCGCAGAUCGCGACCGGGAAAGUUUUCCCGGCGAUUCUGAUGAUUCAAGCUGCAGCAGCUGCUCUCUCAUCUCGUAAUUCCCUUCAAUUGGAUCACAGUUACAUGACCUUCUCGCGUCGUUCUCCCUCGCUUUAGGAAAGGAUUAGAUCUGGUUGUUGUUAGCGUAAUUAGGGAUUGGAUCGAAGUAACAGUAAGUUUUCCCCCCUUCCGCAAAUGGCCGGGGCAGUUUCGGCUCUUUUCCUCCUCGACAUAAAGGGCCGGGUCCUGGUGUGGCGCGACUACCGUGGAGAUGUCACCGCCAUCCAGGCUGAGCGCUUCUUCACCAAGCUCAUCGAGAAAGAGGGAGAUCCUCAGUCGCAAGAUCCCGUUGUGUAUGAUAAUGGAGUCACUUACAUGUUUGUACAGCACAGCAAUGUGUACCUUAUGACGGCUGCGCGGCAGAACUGCAAUGCCGCCAGCCUCCUCUCGUUUCUACACCGUGUAGUUGAUGUGUUUAAGCAUUAUUUUGAAGAAUUAGAAGAGGAGUCGCUGAGAGAUAACUUUGUCGUAGUGUACGAAUUGUUAGAUGAAAUGAUGGACUUUGGAUAUCCUCAAUAUACAGAGGCUAAAAUUCUGAGUGAGUUCAUCAAGACGGAUGCCUACAGGAUGGAAACUACACAAAGGCCUCCGAUGGCUGUGACAAAUGCAGUGUCCUGGCGCAGUGAGGGGAUAGCAUACAAGAAAAAUGAGGUUUUCUUGGAUGUGGUGGAGAGUGUUAACAUACUUGUUAAUAGCAAUGGGCAAGUAAUAAGAUCAGAUGUAGUUGGAGCAUUGAAGAUGAGAACUUAUUUGAGUGGUAUGCCCGAGUGUAAGCUCGGCCUAAAUGAUAGAGUCUUGUUGGAGGCUCAAGGUCGAACAACAAAAGGAAAGGCCAUUGAUUUGGAGGACAUCAAAUUUCAUCAGUGUGUGCGUUUGGCUCGAUUUGAGAAUGAUAGGACUAUAUCCUUCAUACCUCCAGAUGGAUCGUUUGAUCUGAUGACGUACCGACUCAGUACACAGGUCAAGCCUUUGAUUUGGGUGGAAGCUCAAGUUGAAAGGCAUUCCAGAAGUCGGGUUGAGAUCAUGGUAAAGGCUAGAAGCCAGUUCAAGGAGCGAAGCACAGCAACAAAUGUGGAGAUCGAGUUGCCUGUUCCAGCUGAUGCUUCCAAUCCUAACAUCAGAACGUCAAUGGGAUCAGCAUCAUAUGCUCCUGAACAUGAUGCGCUAAUGUGGAAAAUCAAAUCUUUUCCUGGUGGAAAGGAGUAUAUGUUGCGGGCAGAAUUCAAUCUUCCCAGCAUAACUGCUGAAGAAGCAACGCCGGAGAGAAAAGCUCCUAUACGCGUGAAGUUCGAGAUACCAUAUUUUACUGUUUCAGGAAUCCAGGUUCGGUACCUGAAGGUCAUCGAGAAAAGUGGUUACCAGGCUCUUCCAUGGGUGAGAUACAUAACAAUGGCCGGUGAGUAUGAACUCCGGCUUAUCUGAAAGCUGCGUUUUAUCAGCACGUUAUUUCGAUUCAAGUCCCUGCAAAAGGCUGAAGAUAUAUCUGGGGAUCCGUACAAAGAAAGAAAUCACCUGGACGAGGAAGGGGUGAACCUAUAUCUGUGAUGCUGGGGCAUUUUGCAUUCUUGUCUUGCAAGACAUUGGCUGCUUGAAAUUGUCAUGUCACCCCACUUGUGAAUUCAUGUGUCGAUUCUUGUUCAUUUACCGGCUUUUCAAGCUCUUCCUACUUUUUUUUGUCACCAAAUUUCUGAUGAGCCGACCACCAACGGAACAUCUGUUUAAUUUUGUGCUCUGUAGAUUUUGCCUAUGGCUGGCCUCACUCGUUUUGGAUCUUUUUUGUGCUUCAAGGUGAAGUUCUGCCUCUCUCUCUCUGGCUGGCUUAUCAUCUGACGCUACCAAUAUAUUACAAGGGAAGUGAAGUUCCGUUGAUUACAUCAACGGAGUUUCAGUACCACAAUAUAUUGUAUCAGUAGUUUUUGAACCA